CUGAGCGUGUGAAUAAUGCACCUCUCAUUGUUGCUUAGAUCUGCGCAUCAUCAUGCCUGCAACACAUUCACAGUCAAACACAUUUACACUACAGUCAGGCAGACGGGCCAUGCAAAUCCACUGUAGCCUUCAACUGGACCUUGUUGACGAGGGCUUAGCAAUGGCAUCAGCUACGAUCCCUAUCAAGUGCGAUCCGCAGUAAAAGAGGCAAGAAUGGAAGGCGCACAAGUGGCCAAAGUGGAUGGCAACUCCUUGCUAAAGGCCGUCUACCAAAGCAGGUUGCGUCUCACACGUCUGCUUCUAGAAGGUGGAGCUUACAUCAACGAGAGCAAUGAACGCGGGGAAACGCCCCUGAUGGUCGCCUGUCAGAGCAGACCCGCAGACCCCCAAAGUGUUUCGAAGGCUAAGAUGGUUGGAUAUCUGCUUGAGAGCGGUGCUGACCCAAACAUCCAGGACAAGAGCGGGAAGACGGCUCUUAUGCACGCCUGUUUGGAACAAGCUGGAGCUGAAGUGGUGUCGCUCCUCUUGGGUAACGGGGCUGACCCUUGUCUUGAGGAACAUACGGGUUCUUCGGCUCUGAUUUAUGCCAUCAAUGCCAGUGAUGAAGAGACUCUUAAAAUGUUGAUGGAUGCCUGUAAAGCCAGAGGAAAAGAAGUUAUCAUCAUUACCCCUGACAAACUAGCAUGCGGAAGGCAAACGGCAAAACAGUACCUUUCGAUUCCUCCGACUGCAACAGGGGAUGAAUGGGACAAGAUGCAUUCCACCCUAGCUCCAUGUGCUUCUCCUUCUGAUAUUUACCUCAGUACAUCACCACAGGGGACCCUUUCCUCCAGCCCUACAGAGCAUAUGUUUUCCUUCCAGGACCUCCAAAGCAUGGCAAGCUCCCAACAGACUUCUCCCUCCCACCAACCGUCCCUGGUGAACAGAAGAGUGGACAAGCUCCAUCAUCUUCAAAGACUACACUCCGAGCCCUGGCUGAAGAUUCCACGGUCUUUCCUUGCCCAACAGCAUGCCAAAGGUACGUCUCCAACUGAGGAACUCCCUGACAUCACCCCAGAGGAGGAGAUGACUUUCAGAAUGAACAGAAUGGCUUUCGGCAACUGUCCACUUUCACGUCAUUGCAGUGUUGAUCUAAAAGAAUCCAACUAUUUGAGUCAAACUAACAAUGGCGAAGGUCUCAGACCUGCAGGAGGACUGUGCCGAAACAUGUCCUUUGAUAGCUUAUCAUCGCUGCACUCUCUGUCCCAUCCCAAUCUUCACUGCAAAAGAAAUGCAGAAGCUUCACUAGCCGGAAAAAAUCCAGACAAAGCUCUGCCGAAUUUGCCAGUCUCCAGUCUCCGUAACAUCAUCCAGAGAAAGAAACUAGGAAUGGACCACUACAGCUCGGAUUCCCAGCUUGCCCUAACCCUUGCCAACUGCCCAGAAGAUCGUAAAGGACACCUGGAAAAGAGAAAGCUUGUUAAGUCUCAGUCUCCAAUGUUGGUAGGCUCCAGAGAAUCUCUUGAAAGUGUCACAAUGCCAUGCCUGCACAAGAGGAACCCAAUCGGCUAUGAGCGGCGAGGCUCUGGGCCGCUUCUAUUGGAUCCCAUCUCUCAUCCUCGUGUCGGCUUCCUUCCUCCGUUGAACCAGCACGCUCCAAUCCCAAACAUUACUGGGACCAGCAACUCAAGUAGCAUUGGCUCCAGCAACAAAGUGUCUGCGGGACCAAAGCUCUGUUUUCCCUCCACUCCGACAGGUUUUCCCAAGGAUCCCAAGACCAGGAGGCUACUGAUGAGGAGACACUCCAUGCAAACUGAGCAGCUCAAAAGACUUGGUGAAUUCAAUGAAAUUUUUGGUCACUGAAUGCUAUUGCAAACAUUUCAACCACCUGUUUACACAAGUGCAAACUAACUGCUCAUGCUUCAACAGCCAGCACCAAAUCUCUUUCUCCACAGGACAUAAAACAUUUGAAGGAUGUCUAUAUUGAAAAUAAACAGUUAAUCUGGUGGUUUACCUAUUAACAAACUAAUACAUGAUUUAGGUCACUGUAAAAUAAAUACAAAUGCUUUUGUGUUGAGCUUGAUGCUCACAAUCUAUCUAAAAACAUACAAUCAUUACUACUCAAAAUGUCAUCUUCAUGGGAACACCAACCAAAAGGAAAAUAAUAUUUAUUGAACAGUUUUGGUAAUUAUUAAAGGCUACAUUUGUUACAGUGAUGAUCACAACCCUUUGGUUGUUUGGAUGUCAUUGGACCUCAAUGGAGAGUCUAAUAACGGCAGUCAAAAGAGAGAAUGAUGUCAAAUUUACAGUGACUUCCAUAGACGCUGUCUAAGAAACACCCUUGCACUACUUUUUU